AUGGCUAACACUCGCAUAGCAAGGUUCAUCACUGAGGUUGCACCACCACAGUUUGUGAGUGUCAUGAGGCACAGAACAUCCAAGGUGAUGGACACUAUUAAUGAAGAGGAGAGAGAUGACUCUCUCGCUUCAUUUUCCAAAGGUUCCUCACCAACCUCAGCACCUACUUGUUCUUCUUCUGCUACUUCUGGUAGUGUUUCCAACUAUUCUGCUUGUUCUUCUUCUGCUACUUCUGGUAGUGUUUCAAACUACUACUUUCUCAAGGAAAUGCGCAGAUCAUUUCCCAUCUUCAAUCAUUAA